UUGAGCAGCCUGUCCCUCAUCUCUGCAGUCCCCCGGUCCCGGGCCGGCUUCCGAUGCUGCGCUGGCUGAUCGGCGGCGGCCGGGAGCCGCAGGGCUUGGCGGAGAAAUCCUCUGUACAGACAAUUGGUGAAGAACAAAUACAGAAUCCUUACACGGAGCUCCUUGUGUUGAAAGGCCAUCAAGAUAUAGUACGAUUUCUAGUGCAAAUAGAUGAUUGCAGGUUUGCAUCUGCAGGAGACGAUGGAAUCAUAUUUCUGUGGAAUGCUCAGACUGGAGAAAAACUUAAUGAACUUCAUGGGCACACACACAAAAUUACAGCUAUAGCACCAUUUUCUUCAUCAGAUGUUACUGAAGAAAAAAAUGAUUUGAUUAUAACAGCAUCAGCUGAUAGAACAGUUAUUGUUUGGGACUGCACUAGCGGCAGACAGAUUCAGAAAGUGUCAUGUUUCCAUUCUACUGUAAAGUGUUUGACAGUUCUUCAAAGACUGAAUGUAUGGUUGUCUGGAGGGAGUGAUCUAUGUGUUUGGAACCGAAAAUUAGAUCUCUUGUGUAAGACCAGUCAUCUUACUGAUGCAGGCAUCAGUGCUUUGGUUGAAUUGCCCAAAUACUGUGUUGCAGCAGCAGUUGGCAAAGAGCUAAUAAUUUUUAAGUUGAGUGCUUCUAACAAUGGGUCUGAAAGUUGGAAUAUUCUUGAAGUAAAGCGCCUUGUUGACCAUCAGGAUAAUAUUUCAUCUUUAGUCAGUGUCAAUGAUUUGACUUUUGUGACAGGUUCUCACAUAGGUGAGUUAAUAGUUUGGGAUGCACUUGACUGGACAAAGCAGGCAUCUGAGUGCAACUUCUGGGACUCCUCUGUCCAUCCAGAUGUACAGCCAGAAAUAAAGUUAUCCCAAAGCCCACAUGAAACUUCAGUUCAACACUUAACAUCUGACGAGGAGUGUGUGUUUGCUGCUGUUGGCAAAGGCAUAUACGUAUAUAAUCUUCAAAUGAAGCGUGUGAUUGCCUGCCAGAGAACUGCUCACGACUCCUCUGUGCUGCACAUUGAGAAGCUUCCAAACAGGCAGCUGAUCUCCUGUUCAGAAGAUGGCAGUGUGCGCAUUUGGGAACUCAGAGAAAAGCAGCAGCUGCCAGCUGAACCAGUUUCAACAGGGUUUUUCAACAUGUGGGGAUUUGGAAGGGCAAACAAGCAAGCAAUCCAAGCUGCUAAGAAGAUGCAUGAGAAUACACCUGUGUAUUUCUUGGAGCUGGUUGGUGAUUUGAUUGGUCAUUCAUCAGCUGUGCAGAUGUUCCUGUACUUUGGUGAACUGGGAUUGGCUACAUGCUCUGCUGACCACCUCAUUAUUUUGUGGAAGGAUGGUGAACGAGAAUCUAGCCUCCGCAGUUUAACACUAUUUAAAAAAUUGGCACAAAACGGUGAUUUGCAGCUCAGACUUUAAAUUGUUUGAAUACAGGCUGCAUAUAUGUAAACUGGAUGUGCAUUAAACAUGAGUGUAAAGGUAUGUCUGAGCUACUGGAAAUCUGACUACUAGUAAGGCUUACACUUAAUAUCAUGUGUUAUAUUGAACUUCUCUUAGUUGUUACACUUCUCAAAGGAGAAUUUUGCAUUUUGGUAUGCUCUGUCAGUAGAAAUGGUGUCCUUUUGAAAGACUGAAGGUAAUGAUGAUUCAUUGAAUAGUUUCUAAUAUUAUUCUGAAUGUUUAAAAUUAUCAUGAAUGAAUGUCAAAAUUAAGAAUUGUGAAAUACUUUAGAUGGAUCAUAAUUAAAGCAGUUGAGGGCAUCCAGAGUGCUAUGUGCAGGAAGAAGGCAUGGGAAGAAAUCUGCAGCUUCCUCUUUUAUCUAGUUUAUUUCUAGAAGCUGAACUUUCCUCACUGAUGGCUCAGAUUUGUGUGUAUACAGAAAGCCCCCCAAAAAAUCAUUCUCAAAUAGAAAAUUUGCAUUUGACAUUAUUAUCCUGCACCAAUGGUAAGAAAAAGAAAAAAAAGGUAGGUAGUUCCUACCUUUUGUUGGUUUGUCAGGUUUUAAUUUUUGGCAAACUGAGGUACAUAGAAACUAUUUACUAGUAGUAGCUGCAGUUUUACUUGGAUUAGCCUACAUUAUUAGAGUUUAUAAAGCACCAUUACCAAGUCUAGCAUGCAGUGUGAUUAGUUUAGCUUUGUCUUUCCAUAGUGCAUUCACCAAAUUAAUUUAUAUCUAAUAAAAAGCAUUUGCCUUACCAUGAAUUUUCAGAAUGUAAAAUACUUUCUUAAGCAAUUGGAGUUGAUAUGUUCAGUAGUAGUGAAACAUAUGAAUACUAAAUUCUCAGCUGAAGUCUGACUUCAGAGAAAUCUGCACCAAGUUUUUAAGGGUAAAUAUUAUCUCAGAGUUAAAAAAUAAGUAUCUAAGUACAUAGGUAGUAAGAGUCUAAAGUAGAAGCAUCUAAAUAGGAGUAGGGAAAGAAAUGCAAACUAAAACAUAAAGCUCAAACCUCAGCAACAAAAACACAAAAGCAAAAAAUAAUCAGGAGACAAACAUGAAAAUAAUCCCCUCCCUCCCCCACCCCAGCAAUAGCAAACCAAAAAAUGAAGCAAUGUUAAACCCAGAGCUGAUACAAAGGAAGUGUGAGGGAGUACAAGAUAAUGAGUGGUACAUUACUAUUUGAACAGAGAAGAGCUAGGGAAAAGGGGAAGUUUGUGAAUUUAGUGGGCAUAAAACUAUGUAGAAGAGGGUGCUACUAUCCUCAGAUCUACUCAGAAGAUACAGCACUUAAAUGGUGUAGGAAUAAAUCUUGUACAACUUUUCAGUGCCAUCUCUUCCCUUUGAAUCAAUGAAAAUUGUUAUGGGUACAGGAAACUACAUGGCUGUGAUUCCAGACUUAAAGUGGUUGCAGUAAGUGCGAUUAAAAUGAAGGGCUAAGCAGAUUCUUGAAAGAGCAGAAGCAAAAGGAGAAAGCUCCUAGUUUCCUAGGAGAAACCAAAGAGCCUUUUAGACUUGCUUCUCUCAGCAGAAGUGGGCACUUGGCUUUCUCCUACCACUCAGAAGCCUACCUUUGCUUUUAAAGUUGUCUUAUGAGAUAAUAAUCUUCUCUGGAAAGCAGGGCAGAGGGGCAGUAAGAUUUUGAGUUGUAAUUUUCCCCUACCUUAGUCAAGUUGUACAGCUAAUCUUACUUGAGUAUAGAGCUCAAAAUAAUAUAUUUAAAAAUCACAAAACAGAUGGAGGGAUUUUUAAAUUACCCUCUCCUUUCAAUUCAGGGAGGCUAAAUCAGUGUUAAAGCUUGAGCUGCAUGUUCUUUGCUAAGGCUGGCUAUUCUGUUGACCCAUGUAGGAAAGGCAUUUGGAUUACAGCUGAGGAUAACAUGCCUUUGGAUAUAUGGUAUUAACUUGAGAGAGGAAAGCAUGUUAAGUUUAUAUUGCUUCAGCUUGUCUUCAACAGCUCAUGUUGCAUUUUUGGCUUACCCAGGAGAAGCUGGGGAGAUAAAACCUUUCUUUGGAUCUCUUUUUCCUUUUUUUAAUUGCUAAAUAACUAUUUGGUUGUAUAUAGUGCUUGUGUAUACACAUAGUUAUCACACAUUUACAGUGAAAGCUUAUAAAAUUUAGGUUUUUUUGGAGAGCCUCCUGCUAUCUUCAAUUAUAACUAGAGAGAAUUAAGAACAUAUUUUUAUUAUAUCUUCUUGUGGCAUGAGAACAACUAUUUCCUUUUUUUGUGACUGCUUUUAAGUGAAUACCUGGUAGAGAAACAGACCUAUUAAACUGAACAGUUCUAGUCACAAAACUCACUGUGCAUUUUAUGGGAAUGUAAUUCAGCUUUAAACAGUCCUACAUGCAUAUAUAUUUAUAUUUAUCAAAAGUGCAAAUGUUCUCAGAUAAACUCCAUUGGCAGUAGAUCUUCCAAGGGUCUCUUCUUUUAAAGAUGAUUGACUUAAAAGUACUGAGCUCUUUGUUAUACAAAUGAACUUUGAGUGUAACAGGGAACAUAGGUAUAUAUCCCACUCCUUUGUUAUAUGAGAGUUUGUCACUUGCUGUUGGAAGAUGCAGUGAGCAUAAUUAUGGUGACCAGAUGAGACUUUUUACAUCUAACUGAUGUCCUAAAUUUUUUUCCGCCUUACAGUAACACUGAAUUCCAUAUAUCCACCUCAUGGAAAUAAUUAUCUUUAUCAGACCUGCUCUCAAUACUUUCGCAACUCUGAGGUGGCUGUUUUACAUCUCUGCACUGACAACAGCAUGAAACAAGCAGAUGUUAGUCUAGAUGAGUUAGUCUGGACGAGUCUAGGAGAUCUGACACAACUGGCAGAUGAUGACUAAUCUGUGCUGGUUUGUUUUGCUAUUAAAGAGGACCUAUAGCCACACAAAUUGCUUUUUUUUUUUUUUUUUUCCUUGUCUGACUGUGGGAAGAAACACAAUAUCCUGCAACAAAUAUGUUGAUUCUGUAUUAAUACUUUGGCCUCAGUUCUGGUUCACAAGUUGAACUUUAUUUUUUUGAUGCCUUCCACUGUUAACAUUUUGUUCUGUGUGACAGAAGUAUGACAAAAAUUAUGAAUUAAAUGUUUUACAUGGA